UCGGGCUGGGAGAAGGCGGAACCUUUCUGUCGCGCCUCCAAUUAACCUGCGCAGUGGGGAUCAUUUAGGCCUGCGCGCAGCCCUUGUGCUGCGGUUUGCUUGGGGCAGCAAAGACAGGAGUGAGUCUAAUCGCUUCUUCCUUCGUCGUGAGCAGCAUGGAUGUGCUUGCGGAGGAGUUUGGGAAUCUGAGCCGGGAGCAACUGGCUGCGCCCAUCCCGACUGUAGAGGAAAAAUGGAGGCUGCUUCCAGCAUUCUUAAAGGUGAAAGGCCUUGUGAAACAGCAUAUAGAUUCCUUUAACUAUUUCAUUAAUGUAGAGAUAAAGAAGAUCAUGAAAGCCAAUGAAAAGGUUACAAGUGAUGCUGACCCCAUGUGGUACUUAAAGUAUCUUAACAUCUAUGUUGGGCUUCCUGAUGUUGAAGAAAGCUUCAAUGUAACUAGACCAGUGUCCCCUCAUGAGUGCCGUCUGCGGGACAUGACAUACUCUGCCCCCAUCACAGUGGAUAUUGAGUACACCCGAGGCAGCCAGAGGAUCAUCCGCAAUGCCUUACCCAUUGGCAGAAUGCCCAUAAUGCUACGUAGUUCAAACUGUGUUCUCACAGGAAAAACGCCCGCAGAGUUUGCCAAACUGAAUGAAUGUCCUUUAGAUCCAGGUGGCUACUUCAUUGUUAAAGGAGUAGAAAAAGUGAUUCUUAUCCAAGAGCAGCUGUCUAAGAACAGGAUCAUUGUGGAGGCUGACAGAAAAGGGGCCGUUGGUGCUUCAGUUACCAGCUCUACCCAUGAAAAAAAAAGCAGAACCAAUAUGGCUGUGAAACAAGGACGAUUUUAUCUGAGGCAUAAUACCUUGUCCGAAGAUAUACCCAUUGUAAUCAUAUUUAAGGCCAUGGGUGUUGAGAGUGACCAGGAAAUUGUGCAGAUGAUUGGAACAGAGGAGCACGUGAUGGCUGCAUUUGGGCCCAGUUUGGAAGAGUGCCAGAAAGCUCAGAUUUUCACACAGAUGCAGGCAUUAAAAUAUAUAGGGAACAAAGUGAGGAGGCAAAGGAUGUGGGGAGGUGGACCAAAGAAAACCAAAAUAGAAGAAGCAAGAGAGCUUCUGGCUUCCACCAUUCUGACCCACGUACCAGUUAAAGAAUUCAAUUUCCGAGCCAAAUGUAUAUAUACUGCGGUGAUGGUGCGAAGAGUAAUUCUGGCCCAAGGAGAUAAUAAAGUUGACGACAGAGACUACUAUGGGAACAAGCGAUUGGAGUUGGCAGGACAGCUUUUAUCACUGCUUUUUGAAGAUUUAUUCAAAAAAUUUAAUUCUGAAAUGAAGAAGAUUGCAGACCAGGUGAUUCCUAAACAAAGAGCAGCCCAAUUUGAUGUGGUGAAACACAUGCGUCAAGACCAGAUCACCAAUGGCAUGGUGAAUGCCAUUUCUACAGGAAAUUGGUCUCUAAAGAGAUUUAAAAUGGACCGCCAGGGUGUGACUCAGGUGCUGUCUCGCUUGUCAUACAUAUCUGCACUGGGCAUGAUGACCAGAAUCUCUUCCCAGUUUGAAAAAACAAGAAAAGUGAGCGGUCCUCGAUCCCUGCAGCCAUCUCAGUGGGGGAUGCUCUGUCCAUCGGACACUCCUGAGGGAGAGGCAUGUGGUUUGGUUAAAAACUUGGCCCUUAUGACACAUAUCACUACUGACAUGGAAGAUGGACCCAUUGUUAAGUUAGCCAGCAACCUGGGAGUAGAAGAUGUGAAUUUAUUAUGUGGGGAAGAACUCUCUUACCCAAAUGUGUUUCUCGUCUUCCUCAAUGGUAACAUCCUAGGUGUCAUUCGAGACCAUCAGAAGCUAGUGAACACAUUUCGACUGAUGCGAAGAGCAGGAUAUAUCAAUGAAUUUGUUUCCAUCUCAACAAAUCUCACAGAUCGAUGUGUCUAUAUUUCCUCUGAUGGAGGAAGGCUGUGCAGACCAUACAUAAUUGUUAAGAAACAGAAGCCUGCAGUCACGAAUAAGCAUAUGGAAGAGCUGGCUCAGGGAUACAGGAAUUUUGAAGAUUUCUUACAUGAGAGUCUGGUUGAAUAUUUAGAUGUGAAUGAAGAAAAUGAUUGUAACAUCGCACUCUAUGAGCAUACAAUUAAUAAAGACACCACCCACUUGGAGAUCGAACCUUUCACCCUUCUUGGCGUGUGUGCUGGCCUGAUCCCAUACCCUCAUCAUAACCAGUCCCCAAGAAACACAUAUCAGUGUGCCAUGGGGAAACAAGCCAUGGGUACCAUUGGAUACAACCAACGGAACAGAAUUGAUACACUCAUGUAUCUACUAGCAUAUCCACAAAAACCCAUGGUUAAAACGAAGACUAUAGAGUUGAUAGAAUUUGAGAAACUUCCAGCUGGGCAAAAUGCAACAGUUGCUGUGAUGAGUUACAGUGGCUAUGAUAUUGAAGAUGCUCUUGUUUUAAACAAGGCCUCCUUGGACAGAGGAUUUGGGCGUUGCCUUGUUUAUAAAAAUGCUAAAUGUACAUUGAAACGAUAUACCAAUCAGACUUUUGAUAAAGUGAUGGGGCCGAUGUUGGAUGCUGCUACAAGGAAACCCAUCUGGCGGCAUGAAAUUUUAGAUGCGGAUGGUAUUUGUUCUCCAGGUGAGAAAGUAGAGAACAAGCAAGUGCUUGUAAAUAAGUCCAUGCCCACAGUAACUCAGAUUCCCCUGGAGGGAAGUAAUGUGCCGCAGCAACCCCAGUACAAAGAUGUGCCCAUCACCUACAAAGGGGCAACGGAUUCCUAUAUCGAAAAAGUGAUGAUAUCUUCAAAUGCUGAAGAUGCUUUUUUGAUCAAAAUGCUGCUGAGACAGACGAGGCGUCCAGAAAUUGGAGAUAAAUUCAGCAGUCGUCAUGGGCAAAAAGGCCUGGUGAUAAGCGGUGAACAAAACAGACAGAGUUCCAGCCCCUCUUGGGCUUCCCUUCUUGUGGGCCGGAGAGGUGUUUGUGGCUUGAUUGUGCCUCAGGAAGACAUGCCAUUUUGUGAUUCUGGCAUCUGUCCGGACAUCAUAAUGAACCCACAUGGCUUCCCAUCUCGAAUGACGGUGGGAAAGUUAAUUGAGCUGUUGGCUGGCAAAGCCGGCGUGCUAGAUGGCAGAUUCCACUAUGGCACUGCGUUUGGAGGCAGUAAAGUGAAGGAUGUGUGUGAAGACCUCGUUCGCCAUGGUUAUAACUACUUGGGGAAAGACUAUGUUACAUCUGGCAUCACAGGUGAGCCCUUGGAAGCAUACAUCUAUUUUGGCCCCGUGUACUAUCAGAAACUGAAACACAUGGUGCUGGAUAAGAUGCAUGCCCGGGCCCGGGGACCACGAGCUGUCCUCACCAGGCAACCCACUGAAGGUCGGUCUCGUGAUGGUGGUUUGCGUCUUGGAGAAAUGGAACGUGACUGUUUAAUUGGUUAUGGAGCCAGUAUGCUUUUACUAGAGAGACUAAUGAUUUCAAGUGAUGCCUUUGAGGUUGAUGUCUGUGGGCAGUGCGGCCUUCUGGGGUAUUCUGGCUGGUGGAGGGCAUUCUACUAAGUCAUGGGAAUGCAGUCAUGAGUCAGAUGCUCAGAAUUAGGAGAGAAGACGGAGAAGUUACAGUACAAGGAGGGGGCAGGCUGCCAUUCACAUAUGUAAUUUUGACGAAUUCAACUCCACACUUAGCACUGGAAAAGACAGGGAAGGGGAGUGUUUAAACAAGACUGGUAACUCCACUCUCCACUCUCACCUCCCUACUGAUGAGUCUAGAGUAACUGAAAUAUAAUCUGCCGUCUGUCUCUCACAGUAUGAGAAUCUCUGCUCUAGUCUGAAUCUCUAGAGUUAGAAAGAUUGUAGCUGUGGGGGUUUUUUUUUGGCAAAUUAUGGACCCCACAUUUAAGACAGCUGUCCUGUUGGGCGCUCAUCAAAAGAAAUAGCUAACUUCCGGUGUUGAGUGGUUUACGUUGUUUUCAAGCGUGAUUUUGACUUCAAAUGCUGACCAUAGAAACUAAGGCUCCAGUGAAGGGGAAGCUGGCCUGUGACAUCAUAAAAUGGGAGCCCCUAAGUAAUCAGGAUGAGGUCUCCAGAGGAGGUAAGGACCAGAGCUGACUUUUUUUUUUUUUCUGAAUGACCUUUACCUCUUUGAGCCUCGGUUUAUUUUUUCUUUUUUAAUUUUUUAUUAAGCUAUGAUUGAUAUACACUCUUAGGAAGGUUUCACAUGAAGAAACAAUGUGGUUACUACAUUUACCCAUAUUAUCAAGUCCCCACCCACACCCCAGUGCAGUCACUGUCCAUCAGUGCAGCAAGUUGCCAGAGAUCCACUAUGUCCCUUCUCUGUGAUACACUGUUCAGAGCUGACUUUUGAAGAAUGAAUGAACAUUAACCAAUAGAUGGACAGUCGGGAGUGGGGCUAAAGGGAAGGAGAAAGAGGACAACAAUGACAGUGGGUGGAGAGAGUAAGGAAGUAGAACAGGACUGUGUAGGAAGUAAAAGAACAGAGUCUAGGAGGAUCUCUGAAAUAAUGGCUUGAGUAGCCAAAUGGGUAGUGUGGAUAAAGUGAAGGUUCCUAUGGCCAGGAUUCUCUCCUGGCCCUGGUCAGCUAGCUCACUACACAUGUGUGGGCAAUGUAUCAUUAUUGACUCUAUAUAAAGAGCUCCCAGUGCCCUGGGCGACACAAUGGCACAGCUGCAAGGCUGCAGGAGAGCAGAGAUGAGGCUGAAGUGGUGGCAGCACCGAGGACAGGGACAGAGACAGCUUCAGGGGCAGAGAGGCCCAGAGGCAGAGACCGACUUGCUGCAGGCAGACUCACUCUGAGUGGAUGGGAUUCUAGUGAUUGACCUGCCACCAUGGGAAUAAAGUUGGGUAUAACCUUUUCACCCAAAGAACAUUCUACUGUCAUUUCUUUGGUCUCAUUGAAUCCAUAGUGAACUUGUCCAGUGCUGAAACCCUUUGGCAAGAUGGUAGUGAACCACCAAGACAAGGAGCCAUUGGUGGAAAGCCCAUGGGAGGGGCAAUCACUCUUCCAUAUGGCACACAUUGAAUUGGGUGUCUGUGGGAUACCUGAGUCAGCAAGCCCAUCUGGAUGAGAGGCAGGAGCUGCCAAGGAAGAUUUGGGAGUCACUGGUGAUUGAGGGCACUGGAACGAGUGCGACAUCUUCCCCAGAGAUGUGCAGAGGGAACAGGGCCAUAGAUGGAACUUCAGAGACACCAGCAAGUAUGGAUGGGCAUGGAGAGAAGAGCCUUCAAAGAGUCCAAGUAGGAGAAGCAAAGCAAAGUCAAAAAUAGCACUGUCCAGCAAACCAAGGGAAGAAAGGUUUCUAAGUAUGAGGGAGGGUCCAGACUCAGA